AGAUAUCGAUAUCAAUACCAAUAUCAAAUUCAAAACAAAAACAAAUGGCAUCAUAGAGUCAUAGUAGUUAGACCCCUCACACCCACCAACUAUACAUAAACCCAGUUUCCUGGAAGUACCCCUUGUCCCUAAUCUCAUUCAUUUCAUGCCAUUAAUUAUAAUUAUAUAUAAUUCUACGCUGCAUGCACCUUUAAGUAUAAUCAUCAUCAUCACUCUCUCCACACACAUAUAUAAACCCAAACAAGUGAACAACACUCCCUCCUUUGUCCCAUUACUAGUACAUACAUUCCCCUAACCAAGUUUUAAGUUUUUAUCAACAGAAUGGAAGCAACCAACAGAAGCUCUUCCUCCACUUCCUCUUCCUCUGAUUGCUGCUCUUCCGAGUCCAACCCCAAUAAGCCCGACAGAAUCAAAGGCCCAUGGAGCGCCGAAGAGGAUCGGAUCCUGACCGGACUCGUCGAACGAUACGGCCCACGAAAUUGGUCCCUCAUCAGCCGCUACAUUAAGGGAAGGUCCGGCAAGUCAUGCCGGCUCCGAUGGUGCAAUCAGCUUAGCCCCGCCGUGGAGCACCGCCCCUUCUCGGCCCAAGAGGACGACACCAUCAUCGCGGCCCAUGCCCAGUAUGGUAACAGGUGGGCCACUAUAGCCCGAUUGCUACCGGGCCGAACCGAUAACGCCGUUAAGAACCACUGGAACUCCACUCUCAAGCGCAGAGCCAAAGGUAUUAACAUUAAUGUUAAUCACGCCAACAACGAAGUGGCUGCUUCUUCUUCCGCUCCUUCUCGCCACUUCGACUUCGAGGAUGAUCCGUUGACCGCGUUGACUCUCGCUCCUCCUGGUAUUGCUAAUGGCACUGUGGCGGAGGACGCCGUGCCGGACCAUCGUGCCUCGCCGGAGGGGUUUUGGGAUAUGAUGAGGGAUGUGAUCGCGAGGGAAGUGAGGGAAUAUGUGUCUUCCAAUUUUUCUGAUAACUCGGGUUUUCAUUAAAUCAAUCAUAAUCAUAAUUGUUAUUAUGCUUCUUCUUUUUUCUUUUUUUUUUUUUAACUUUAGGCAAAUUAUUCUGCAAUUUGAUUUUGCCUUACUGGACUUUGGAAUCGGAUCAGAGAAUUAAAUUAAAUUAGACCCUUCUGACUUUUGCUAUUCAUAACAAUUUUCUCUUCCGGCGAAUCAUACUUCGUUUUCUAGCUGAUGGGUCUAUUUUCUUAUGGAGACUUUUGUUUAUUA